GUGAAGCUGAGCAGGCAUUAGCUCCACGCUCCAUCUUCAGGACCUUUUGACCACAGGGCUCCUCUGUUCUGGGAGCGUGACCGGGGUGCGAGGAAGAGCGAGGGGCAGCCACCAUGUCCAACAACAUGGCCAAGAUCGCGGACGCGCGCAAGACAGUGGAGCAGCUGAAACUGGAGGUCAACAUUGACAGGAUGAUGGUAUCCAAGGCAGCAGCAGAUCUAAUGGCAUUCUGUGAAGCCCAUGCCAAAGAGGACCCACUGGUGACUCCAGUGCCCUCUUCUGAAAACCCUUUCCGGGAGAAGAAGCUCUUCUGUGUCAUACUUUAG